UUACACACUCUCUGAUUACUGACGCAGAAGAAGCAGCAGCAGCAGCAGCAGAAGAAGAAGACGAAACUCACAAGUCCAGAGAUCGUCAACAACACGAGAGAGCUCAUCAAUAAUCGAUGCAAACAGCUGAUCAGUUUGUUACUGUGAUGACUUCACUGCAGUAGGUGAUUGGAUUUCAUUGAUAAUCUAUACUUGAUGCUGUGGGACUUUAGUGAGGACAGCCUGCUCAACAAAGGUGAUCAGAGCUCACAGAUAAUCAAUAAUCGAUAGGUUGUGAGUUGGGAUGGCGGCGGCGCUGCAGCUGCCCGCUGAGCUGUGGCUGCAGGUGUUCAGCUUCCUGUCCUGGAGAGACAAACUGAGCAUGCGCUGCACCUGUUCGCACUUCAGACACCUGGUGGAUAAGUCCCGCCCCCUGUGGCGCGGCUUCAGCGUGGUGCUGCAACACUUUUCCCGCUACAACCGUCUGUUUUGGCGCAGCCUGGCUCAGCGGCACGUGGGCAGCGUGUCUCUGCGCUCAGGUAAGAAGAAGGACCUGAAGCAGCUGUCCACCUGGCUGCCUGCUCUGGAGGCGCUGCGAUUGGACAACUGGAGGGAAGAGGGCGUUGACGAGCUGAAGCAGUUCCAUCAGCUGCAGCAUCUCUCCGUCACUUCCUGUUCGACGCCGCUGAAGAAUCCAGACUUCCUGUUGUCUUUGCGCCACCAGCUGACCCAGCUCAGCCUCUGUAACGUCCAGCUCACCUGUCCCGCCCCUCACCUGUUGGUCGCCGUCAGUCAGCUGACCCGCCUCACCUCCCUGCAGCUGCAUCACGACGGCAGCCUGAGGUUCCCGACGCUCAGCGGCGUCCUGAGUCACCUGACCGAGCUCAGACACCUGUCCUGGACCAUGAUCACCUACAAAACACUGUCACAUGAUUUCUUUAGCCUCGCCCACCACCGAGCAGGUGGCGCUGUCCUGCAGCUCUCAGACCUACAGCUGUUGAAUUACGACGCCAUGGUAACGGAGGAAACACUGCAGCCUUUGUCCCGCCUCCGCAGCCUGUCAAUCUUCCACCUGUAUUCCGUACCUGGACCCACCUGUCACCUGAGAACGUGGCUGACGUCACUGCAGCAGCUGUGCAGCCUCAGUGUCCACGGAGGCCACCCCCUGGCCAUGUACGCAGACUGCCUGCCGUCCUCCCUCCUCAGUCUGACCCUCUGUGUGGACCUGCAGCCUGAAGACCUGCAGCUGGUCUCCAUCAGAGCACCUCAGCUGGAACACCUGCACCUGGAGCCCUGGAGCUCCUCCUCCAACCUAGUCAGACUCCUCCCACAGCUGUUCCCUCACCUGAGGACGCUGCGGAUCAGACACCAACACGUGUCGGACGAGGACUUCCUGUGUCUGCAGCAGCUGCAGCAGCUUCACACUCUGGAGGUUCUGGACUCGUACUACAGACCCGACCCCACGGACCCCAGCUGGGUCGUCUACCAGCCGCCUCCUCGUCUGCUGCAGCUGAGCGCCGACCUUCAGCGACGCACCAAUCACAGAGUCCGAGUCGUCACCAGCUCACACAGAGACCCGCUCACCUGCGACUGUGUCUGACCAGUCAGCAGCCUGAUCACUUGAACACGUUUCCAGCAGUUUGUUUUUGUUUUGCCAGCUACCAUCACAGCUGCAAGAUGAGUAAUUUAUAGCAGAAGUGUCCUUAAACACUGGGAAUAACUAAGAUAUCACAGUAAAUUAUCUUAUUAAUGACAUUCUGAAUGUGGACUUUGUCGCUUUGAAAUCAAAUAAAAUGUAAAACAAAAAACUGUUUUUGUGAACUAAAAUU